GUAUUCUGUGGACUAGCUUGCUUUUCCACCUUACUUUGACUCAACAAGAAGACAACCGAUAUAGGAUGGCACGACAAAACUCCUCACACUCGCAAUCCUACACGGUGGUGAUCAAACUCGGAACGUCGUCCAUCGUGCACGAGGAGACGCAUCAACCGCUGCUCUCUACGCUCUCAUCUGUGGUGGAGACGGUGGUCAAGUUGAGGCAGGAUGGGCAUCGGGUGGUCCUCGUUAGCUCUGGCGCUAUUGGCAUCGGCUUGAAGCGGAUGAAUAUGGCGCAGCGGUCGAAGAGUCUGUCGGGGAAGCAGGCGCUAGCGGCGAUUGGACAGGGCCGUCUCAUUGCGCUUUACGACAAUCUGUUUGGUCAGGUCGACCAGCCCAUUGCGCAGAUUCUACUGACUCGAGGAGAUAUAUCUGAUCGCACACGAUAUCUCAACGCCGUCAACACGUUGAAUGAGCUGUUGCUCAUGGGUGUGCUGCCCAUCGUGAAUGAGAACGACACGAUUUCCGUCUCGGAAAUCAAAUUCGGCGACAACGACACGCUAUCAGCGGUCACAUCGUCCAUGAUCCACGCUGACUUCCUCGUCCUCCUGACCGACGUUGACGGCCUUUAUACUGCCAACCCGCGAAAAGACCCCACUGCAAAGCAAGUCGAAGUCGUAGAGUCUGUAGCCGCGAUUCGCUCGCAAGUAUCCACAAACACCCUCGGCUCCAGCCUCGGCACCGGAGGCAUGGAGACCAAGCUCAUCGCCGCCGACAUCGCGACAGCAGCCGGCGUCACCACCAUCAUCACCUCCUCCAAGAACCCGAUGAACAUCGUCGACAUCAUCAACUACCACCGCGCCUCUCGACGCUCUGCGCGUUCGGGAAUUGCUACGCCUCUCGAGUCCCCGAACCCCGACGAGGGGGUUAUGACCUCUGCUGCUGCUCCGACUCUCGCAUCGUCUUCCUCUGCCACCCUGAACGCUGCUAGCUCUCUCCCUCACCGCCCGCCACAUACCGUCUUCCUCCCCUCUGCCUCCCCCAUCCGCGACCUCAAGGCCUGGACGCGCCAUACGCUGUUCCCCGCGGGCAGCGUCGUCGUCGACCACGGCGCCCACCGCGUGCUCUCGCGGCGCGAGAGUGGGGGGAGGCUGCUACCGGCGGGCGUGUUGGGCGUCAUCGGUAAAUUUGCUUCGGGGCAGGCGGUGCGGAUCGUGGUGCCGAAGGUGGUGGAGGGUGCGAGUCAGGGAGCGGCGGGGGGUGGUGCACCGAAUCCGAUGGUAUCUGGUUUGGCAAAGGCAGUGGGAGUGGUGGAGGAGCUGCAGCAGGAGGCGUCGGCGCCGGGCUCAUCCGCCUCGACGAGGCCAGGGACGCCGGAUGGUGCGGCACAUCCGGAACCUUCGAAGAUGCCAACGAGAGAGUACACGGAGGACGAUGUAAUAGAGGUCGGGAGGGGACUCGCAAACUACAACUGGGAGCAGGUCUUGAGAGUCAAGGGGCUGAAUAGCUCGCAGAUGCCUCAAGUGCUCGUAUAUGUGGAUUCGGAGUAUGUCGUGGAGAACAUCACCAUCCGCGUACCGCCGUCUACUUAAUUACGGCUCUGUCUUGUCGUUCGAUAACAAUGGCAAACAACGCGACAUUCGUGGGAAAGACGCGUGCCAUUGUUCACAUUGGUCCCGAUGAUGACGCCGCCUAAUUCCCGUCAGCUUUCUCCCUUCCAGACAGACGCGACCGCGCCGUCCUCAGCAUAUAGUCC